AUGGAUGUAAUGGAAGUAAAGCAAGCAGAGAGAACAAGGGAGAUCACCAAGAGGCAAGUACUGUUUCUGUUCAUAUUCUGGUCUGUGUUCUGCUGCCAGGUAGUGUCUGAGAAGGUUCAGUAUUCAGUUCCAGAGGAAGCAGAGCAGGGCUCCUUUGUGGGGAACCUUGUUAAAGAUCUGGGGUUGGAUGUCAGAGAGCUGUCAAAGCGCAAGCUUGGUAUUUCUUCAGAAAAGCAAUUCUUUGAUCUGAAUGAACAAAAUGGCAACCUGUAUGUGAAUGAGAGAAUAGACCGGGAAGAGAUUUGUGGUAAAUCAUCUACUUGUGUCCUCAAAUUAGAAGUUGUGGCACACAAUCCUUUGAAUAUUUUCCACGUAAAUAUUUUUAUCCAGGACAUCAAUGAUAAUGCUCCACAUUUUCAGAAUGAAAAUAUUGAGCUUAAAUUUAGUGAAUCUACUCUGCCAGGAACUCGAUUUGCUCUUGGAAAUGCUGAAGAUGAUGAUAUCGGAAUGAACUCCCUCCAGAAUUAUCAAUUGAGCUCAACUCCAUAUUUCAAACUAGAAAUUCAAGCUGGCAAUGAUGGUGGCAAAUAUGCAGAAUUAAUAUUGCAGAAACAACUGGACAGGGAAAAGGAACAGAUGCACCAUAUGGUCCUUACAGCCAUGGAUGGUGGAGAACCUCCAAAAACCGGAACAGCCAAAAUAUUGGUAACAGUUAUUGAUAUUAAUGACAAUGUCCCUGUUUUCACCCAGACAAUCUAUAAAGUGAGCCUGAAGGAGAGUGCACCCAAAGGAACCUCUGUGCUUCAAGUCAAAGCAUCUGACAGUGAUGAAGGGUCAUAUGCUGAGAUCACUUAUACUUUCAGUGACAUCCCAAAAACAGCCAAGCAGAAGUUUCAUCUGGAUCCCAGAGACGGAACAGUUACACUCAUAGAAAGUGUUGAUUUUGAAGAAAGUCAAUAUUAUGUGAUGAUAAUUCAGGCAAGUGAUGGAGGAGGCUUGGCGGCACAUUGCAAUGUGGAGAUUGAGGUUCUUGAUGAGAAUGACAAUGCUCCAGAUGUGAUCCUUACCUCCGUGUCCAGCCCAGUUCCAGAAGAUGUCACUUCUGGAGCUGUGAUUGCUCUCAUUAAAGUUCAGGACAGGGAUUCUGGGGAUAACGGAGAAGUCACCUGUCACCUGAAGGAACUUGUACCAUUCCUGAUAGUCUCAUCUUCAGAUAAUUACUUCAAGCUUCUCAUAGAUGGUGCCCUUGACAGAGAAAGGACUCCAGAGUAUAAUAUUACAAUCACAGCCACAGACAAAGGCACACCUCCACUCUCCACACACAAAACCAUAUCAAUACAGAUCUCAGAUAUCAAUGAUAACCCACCAGCCUUUGAAAAAUCUUCCUACACUGCCUACGUUCCAGAAAACAACCCAUCUGGAGCUUCAAUUUUCCACAUCAAGGCCUCUGACCCAGAUCUGGAUAGAAAUGCCAGAAUCACUUACUCCAUCCUUAACAGCAACAUCAAGGACUUGCCUCUGUCCUCCUAUGUCUCCAUUAACUCUGAGACCGGGAUCAUCUAUGCCCAACGCUCCUUUGACUAUGAGCAAUUCAGGGAGUUUCAGAUUCAAGUGAAGGCCCAAGAUGGAGGUUCUCCACCACUCAAUAGCAGUGCCACAGUGACAGUAUGUGUUUUGGACCGAAAUGAUAACGCUCCGCAGAUCCUGUACCCCUCACAAUCAACAGAGGGUUCACCUUUCUUUGAGAUGGUGCCUCGGUCAGCUGAGUCGGGUUAUCUGGUGACGAAGGUGGUGGCCGUGGACUCUGAUUCGGGACACAAUGCCUGGCUCUCCUUCCAUCUCCUGCAGGCCACAGAGCCCUCACUCUUCAGCAUUGGCUCCCACACAGGAGAGGUGCAAACAGUCCGAGCAUUACUCGAGAGAGAUGCAGUGAAGCAGAGGCUGGUCAUCCUGGUGAAGGACAAUGGGCACCCUCCUCUCUCAGCCACCACAACUUUGAGCCUGGUGUUUGCUGAGAACUUCCAGGAGGCUCUUCCAGAAAUGAACUCCCAACCAAAUGACUCAGAGUAUCAGUCUGAUCUACAGUUUUAUUUGGUAUUGGCCUUGACCUUGGUGUCCUUUCUGUUCCUGGUGACGGUGAUUCUGACCAUUCUGAUGAAGCUUCGAAGGUCAAGGAGUCCCACUUUCCUUCAGUGCUUUAUUCCUGACCCCCAUUCAAAGGCUGGUGCCAUAUUCCCACCCAAUUAUGAGGAUGGAACUUUGCCUUAUUCCUACCAGGUCUGUCUGUCCUCUGAAUCCAGGAGGAAUGAGUUGACAUUCCUGCAGCCCACUGUCCAAAUAGCAGAGAACAUCCUUUGCAAUGGCAACUCUGACAUUUCUUUGAUGGUCAGUGGAGGCAAUUUAAUUUCUGAAAAGGAAAAUGACAGCACGGUGAGUUAUAUUGCAUGUUCCUUAUAG